ACGAUAGAGUUGGUCGAAGUCGGUUCCGAGACCAAGUCAGUCCUCCGUACCGGCAUCGGCGACGGCGUCUCUCCAGGGCUGUGAAAGUCUGCAUUCCGCGCGGCUAGACCUAAAUAGGAAACGGUGCGGAAUCCAUUGCCACUAUGAUCACUCCUAUGCCUAGGCAUGUCGUUGUGAGUACAAAACCCCACUCACACUUUCACGCUCACUUUUCAAUAUACAACCUGGCGUCACAACCAUCUUUCAUUAAAGGUUGUACGGUCCAGGCUCUCUGUCCCCUCGUUCACAUCAUUCGCUCCACCAAGGCAGGCGUUGAUCCUCCGCCAUGGAUCCGAAACAAUUCCGAGAGGCAGCUCAGUCUGCCAUUGAUGAGAUCGCCAGAUACUAUGAAACAGUAGCAGACAGGCGAGUACUGCCGUCCGUUGCUCCUGGCUAUUUGCAAGCCCUUCUUCCUGACGCAGCGCCUGACGAAGGCGAAGAAUGGAACAAAAUCCAAGCAGACAUCGACCGUGUUAUCAUGCCCGGAUUGACUCAUUGGCAAUCACCCAAGUUCAUGGCCUUCUUCCCGUGCAACUCCUCUUUCCCCGCUAUGCUCGGCGACAUGUACUCUGGAGCCUUCAAUGCGGCUGCCUUCAACUGGAUAUGCUCCCCGGCCGUGACCGAACUGGAGACGAUUAUGAUGGAUUGGGUUGCGAAAAUGCUCAAUCUACCGGAUUGCUUCCUCAGCAAAGGUGAAGGAGGUGGCAUCAUCCAAGGCACUGCAAGUGAGGUCGUCGUCACAUCCGUCGUGGCGGCACGUGAGCGCAUCAUCAGGAGGAGACUGGCCGACAUGCCCGAAGGAGAAGAGAAGAUGGACAAGGCUUCCGAAAUGAGAGGAAAACUUGUGGCCCUAGGGUCCGAACACGCCCAUUCGAGCACCCAGAAAGCCGCCCUCAUCGCCGGUACCAGGUUUAGAUCGGUCCCCGCCCCAAGGGAAGACGGUUUCCGCGUCACUGCCUCUGCUCUGCGCCAGACGAUUGAGUCUCUCAAAGCAAAGGGUCUGGAGCCGUUUUACUUCACAAUCACUCUAGGCACAACAGCCACAUGCGCCGUCGACGACCUCGAAGGCAUCGCCGAGCUGACCAAAGACUACCCUGACCUCUGGAUCCACGUCGAUGCCGCCUACGCCGGCUCCGCGCUCGUCUGCCCCGAAUACCAGCACCACUGCAAGCCCUUCGCCCACUUUGACAGCUUCAAUUUCAACCUCCACAAAUGGCUCCUUGUCAACUUUGACUGUUCCGCUUUUUUUAUCCGAAAGCGCCGCGACCUCACAGACACCUAUACCCUGACGCCAUCCUACCUCCGCAACGAGUUCACCGACAAGGGCCUCGUCACCGACUACCGUGACUGGCAGAUCCCCUUAGGCCGCCGCUUCCGCAGCUUGAAAGUUUGGUUCGUCCUCCGCAGCUACGGCAUCAACGGCCUGCGCGCCUUCAUCCGCAACCACGUCCAGCUGGGCGAGUACUUCCACUCUCUCAUCGCCUCCCGCCCGGAUCUCUUCACCGUCGUGUCUGGCCCUGCCUUCGGCCUCACGACUUUCCACGUCAAUCCCCGCCGUCCCGGGGCUUCCCGGUCGGAGUCGCCUUCCGCCAACGGUGCUUCCUCCUCCGCUACCACUACGGCCGAUAAACCGAAUCCGCAGCAUGAAGCGUAUCUCAAUGACUUCACGGCAGACGCCAACGCACACUGGCAAGCUGAUGCAAAUCAGCUCACCAAGGAAGUGUAUGAGCAUGUCAACAGUCAAGGGGAGUUCUUCCUCACAAGCACGGUUGUGGGCGGCGUGUAUGUCAUUCGUGUGGUCAGUGCUACGCCGACGGCCGAGGAGAAGUAUCUCAAGAAAGUCUUUGAGAGUUUGGUCGAGGCUGCGGCGGAGAAAGUGGCUAAAGGAGGAAAAGGUAAGGGAGAUUAAUGGGUGGCUUUGAGUGAAGUCGUCUAGAAGGAGGCAACUGGUCGGAGGUUUUGGGUAACUAGAGCGUGGAUGAAUGUGUUUCUGCCAUCUCGGGAUUUUGUGUAGUG